UCGGGACGUAAGAAACCAGGGUUACUCCCGCCAUAACUUAAUUCUAUCGUGCAAGGAACAGGAAGAAGAAUUAUCGUGCAUGGAACAGGAACAAAAAAAAAAAAGAGUGCGAGCGGCGGGGGGCAGAACGAUUCCCGCUCUCUCGUACGUACGUUACGUUACGUAAUUUUUCGGGAAAUGUUUCGGACCUUACCGAUACCGAAGGGGCUGCUGCUGGGCUGCUGCGUCGCCGAUUGAUGCAUCCCGCACGCUGUGACCUUCCGGCGGGCAGCGGCAAUUUUUACUGCAGGUAGUAUGUAUCUUACGACAGCGCGGAAGACGUAGUGCGUAUGUCGCGCGCAGUUGGCAUUGAUUGAAAAGGAGCGAAGGCGCGGGACACACGCUGGAAAUAGAAACAACAAUGGCUGUCGCGGGAAACUGCAAAAUUCAAUGGUUCGCGCGGGCGGAAGAGACUGCCAACAAUGUGGCGGGAAGCCGCUGGUCACGCGGCGCGGUCGACAGCGACACUGGGGUGGUGGCGGGCAUCAUAAGUAGCGGGGGGAGGGGUUGCGGACCAAGAAACGCCGCGCAGCACGACUGCGCGCUGAAGUUGCGCGGCCGAUUGCAUCAGAUUCUGUUCAAUGGUGCACACGUUUGCGCGGCGGCGGCGGCUGUCGCGGGAGAAUGUAUAUGUUGGGAUCCUUGCAGGUUGAAUUUCGAUCACAACCGUUACGGUCGUACUACAGCAGGGCGCUGCUUCGGCCACAGGACGGUGCAAACUCCUGCUUCUAGUGCUUCCAGUGCCGCUUCUAGUGCUUCUAGUGCCGCUUCUAGUGCUUCUACUAGGCUCUGGCGCGCCGACACCGACACCAGCACCAGGAGGUAUUCCGUGAGCAGCACGUAUUGCGGAUCAGCGUUUAGAGCGUUUAGCGCGGGCGCGUUUCCAUUGCGCAGCGCAUGUGGGAGGAGGAUUGAAUUUUCGGCUGGAUUUGGUGUCGCUGGGAAUGUCCUUGGCGCCAAUGGAUUUGUUGGCUUACCCUCUCAGGCUGUGCGCAGCAGGCACUGCCGCCGCCGCCGCUACGGAGCCUGGAGUCAAGAACGGCCGCAACCCGUCAGACAGAAGGAGAGAUCAGCGGCGGCGAUUGAAAAGGGCGCGGAGGAAGAGAAUGAUGGGAUUGCAUCAUCUCGCUCCUGGAAAGUUGAGGCGCUUCAAAGGAGUGAUGACGACACGUGUAAGGAGGAAUCCGAUGCACAGAAGCCGUUGAUCCUGUUACCGAUCAGCUCCGUGGAGGAAUUCGAAGCCGCUCUCGCUGAGGGGCAACAGUCGAAGCGGGCAGUCAUCAUUGAAUGGAUGGCACAAUGGUGCAGAAAAUGUAUAUACCUCAAACCCAAGCUGGAGAAGCUCGCCUUGGAAUACUCUAAGUGAGUUAAAGAGUCCUCCCCACUGCUACACUCCUUCCUCUCAUCAAUUCUGUUUAGUGGUGUGUGUGUGUGUGUGUGUGUGUGUGUGUGUGUGUGCGUGUGUGUGUGUGUGUGUGUGUGUGUGUGAGAGAGAGAGAGAGAGAGAUCGGAAGAGAGAGAGAGAGAGAGAGAGAGAGAGAGAGAGAGAGAGAGAGAGGGCCUGUCCCCAACCCCCCACCACAUCACCUCAUAAUACUCCAUGCCAGGUCUCAACAUGCAGCACGGUGGUGGGGCGUGGUUUCACAGCUGUCUGAAAAACAAGUACAACAAACAGAAAGGAAAAGC